GUAAAACAUAACCUCAAUUAUUAAUGUUGUUGCUCGUUUGUAUAAAUUUUAAAUUACUUCUUCAUGAUGAGCGAAGAGGAAACUUUAACCGAUGACCAACCAACUAGUAGCAAAUCUGUAAAAAAACCUCCCAAAAGAGGUAUCAUAUAUCUAUCUACAAUACCGCCAUAUAUGAAUGUUUUGAAAAUUCGUGAAAAGUUUAGCGAAUACGGUACUGUUGGUAGAAUUUACUUGCAGCUCGCUGAUAAAGAUGUACCUGAGAAAGGAAAAACCAAGAAGAAACGAAAAGUAGCCAAAAAAUUUACGGAAGGUUGGGUCGAGUUCGAGCGAAAAUCAGUAGCCAAGAAAGUAGCAAUGUUCCUAAAUAAUUCGCAAGUUAGCAAUAGGAAGAAAUCUAAACAAUACGACCAUAUGUGGAACAUAAAAUAUUUAUCGAAUUUCAAAUGGACGCAUUUGAAUGAGCGGUUGGCUUAUGAAAAAGCAGCUAGAAGACAAAAGCUGAGAGCAGAAAUUCAAUUAGCCAAGAAGAAGAGCAAUUUCUUCACAGCCAACAUAGAGAAAUCGAAGAAAAAGAAAACUGUCGUUAAUAAAGAAUAUGAAAAUAUUGAAGAUAAAGAAGACAAACAAAUGGAAGUUGAAAGUACAGAUGAACAGGACGACCGAAAAGAAUUUUUACAAUCACUUUUUGUUUAAAAUGCACACCGUUAUAAGAUAUUAGAG